GCAGCGAGCUGCAUUAAGUGUAUGUGGGUCUUUGUCUCACCCUCACACACUCGCCGCUCCUCUUGCAACUCUUCCUGGGAUCUGUGGGUCCCUUUCCUCGGUGACAGGCUCCCCACACCAAGCAGUCACCAUUUCUGCCCCCGGGAGACCCACGCUGGCAGCGCAGCCCCUUCCCCGACUCAGCAUCGGGAGGAAGACCCUGGUGGCGGCUGCCGUGGGGGUUAUGCUGGUCCUGGUGCUGGUGGUGCUCAUCCCUGUGCUCGUCAGCUCCGUGGGUUCCGACGCGGGCCACUACGAGAUGCUGGGCACCUGUCGGAUGGUGUGCGACCCCUACCUGAACAAGGGGACCCCGGCCAGCAGCACGAGCUCCACCGGUCUUCAGGCUGAAGCGGAGGCAUUGACUGACCACAGCAACGUGCUUCCACCUUCCACCUUGCUGCAGGGCCCGCAGGGGAAGCCCGGCAGGCCCGGGAAGCCCGGACCACCUGGACCACCCGGGCCACCCGGAGAGCCAGGACCACCGGGGCCAGCUGGGCCUCCAGGUGACAAAGGGGAUCAUGGGAGGACUGGGAUUUUGGGUCUUGGGGGCAAUGGAGCUAUCAGCACCGCCACCUACAGCACAGUGCCUCGGGUGGCCUUCUACGCCGGGCUUAAAAACCCCCACGAAGGCUACGAGAUCCUAAAGUUUGACGACGUGGUCACCAACCUGGGCAACAACUAUGAUGGCAUUUCGGGCAAGUUCAUCUGCAGCAUCCCAGGUACAUACUUUUUCAUUUACCACGUGCUGAUGAGAGGAGGGGACGGAACCAGCAUGUGGGCAGACCUCUGUAAGAAUGGUCAGGUUCGAGCCAGUGCCAUCGCUCAAGAUGCUGACCAGAACUAUGACUAUGCUUCCAACAGCGUUAUCCUCCAUCUGGACGCAGGUGACGAGGUUUACAUUAAGCUGGACGGAGGCAAAGCCCACGGCGGCAACAACAACAAGUACAGCACCUUCUCUGGCUUCAUCCUCUACGCAGACUGAGAGCAAACAGACACACAGAGACUGCUCGACAGGAAGGGACUCGAAGAAAGCGCUUCAUGACAAGUGGGGGAGGCUUUGUGUGUGUUAAAAGCCCAGAAUGCUUUCUAGUUUUCCUAAUUCUCUCCAUCAUCACAGUCACCUCUGCUCCACAUCCAUCAGCCAAGACACCCAGGCUCCGCGGCCAAGUCUAGAUGCAAAGCUCCCCGAGGACACACUGAGCCUGGCUAGCAGGUGGCGUGGGAGGAGUGGGAUGUUCGAUGGGCUGUUUUUUUUCUUUCUGCUGCGCUCCUUGCCAUCUUACCGACGUGUCAGAACCUCCUCACUUUCAGCGUCUCUCCUCUUUAGCCCUGCUCCAUCGCACACAAAUAUCAACGAUAACGACAAACCCUGCAAAAGUGGAUGAUUUUCACCUCUUUGCUCCACGGCGGCAGCAGUCACCUCGACCUUUGCAGGACAGGACUGACUGAAACACGCCGUCUUGUUCCGUGCAAUUUUACCUAGAUUGUGAUUUAUUUUGUAGACAUGCAUACUUAUUGUACACAAAAGAGAUUUAGAACAAAAAAGAUUAUAUUUGUCUUAUGUGAAGAUAUCCUGUUUGAAUGAGAGAUGUUAGUUGUGAUGCAUAUAAGAGAUCUAACAGCUGGAAAAGAAAUAUAUAAAUUUCAGUAUUCUAUUGCAGUGGGUGUUUUCUUCAUCAUUGGGCAACUACUGUAUAUAUUAUUCAUGUGGAGAUUACAUUCUGCACUUCUAAUAUAUAUAAUAAAAGGAAACAUGUCGUACUGACAAUGCCCCCCUCACACCGUUUCUAAUGCUGUCAUGCAAUGUCCUGCUGCUUUUUGGAUUAAAAGCAAAGUUUAAAUAAUCUUUUCUUUGUUCUAGCUUUGUGUAAAUGCUCUACUUGGCACAGCUAGCCAUGUGAAGAAAUAAAUCUUGAGAUUCGGAGGUAAACCGUUUGAGGAGCGCUGAUCCGUUCUUCUUUGCUGUGAAGGUCUCCCAAGUUUUCUUGUGCAGAAAAAAAUAAAAUAAAAUAAAAAAUUCCAUCUGGCUUCUGAUUCGGAGGGGAAGAAAGUCACAAACAUGCACAGAGGGGGGAAAAAACGACAGAAGUCUGCAAGAAAAGGGAGGUAAUAAAAAAAGGCGUUCAAGCAGUUAACAGUAAGUGGGCAAUUUUUCUGUUUCAGUCUCUCUGCUGGAUGUCACCCAUUCAUUAGCUGCAUAUUCAGUGACAUGAAGGCAUUACGGUAAAAAUUUGUCAACAUGGCGCCCUGACAGCUUGCUCGAUAAUGAAACUGAUUGGCUGAGUGAAUUUGCCCAUGAUGACCGCACGUUUGAGUGUKCAUGUGCGUAUGUUUAUGUGCAUAUCUGUGAGUGUUUGCAUUCUUUCCGCAUGUGCCGUGCCCCGACGACAUCCUUCUUUUCCCAGAYUUUCAGUAUUCUGUGCUACAGCCAACGACAGGUAUUUAGCUCAGCAGCCAGUGAGAUUGUGCUCUUUGGGGUGGAGCCUCUAUAGAAAACGAAGAACAAACAGCUUGUAAUUGAAAUCUAUGACUUGUUUAUCUUAUCUUUUGGAACUGUUGAAUACAUUUAAAUAAUAAAUGGGAAUUUUUUUGAGUG